AUUCAGCCAUUACAUUCACACUCUGGUGGAGGACAGGUCAUCAGCAACCCGAGAAAAUGUUAUCCGUGAGAGUUGCAGCAGCUUUGGCCAGAACCCUUCCCAGAAGGGCUGGAUUUGUGUCCAAGGCUGUACCGGCCGCUUGCGUCGGGGUCAACCACCUCCACACACACAGACCAUGGCUGCAGAAGACAGGCACAGCUGAGGUGUCCUCAAUCCUGGAGGAGAAGAUCAUGGGAGCAGACACCUCUGCAGAUCUGGAGGAGACGGGACGUGUGCUGUCCAUUGGUGACGGUAUUGCCAGAGUGUACGGGCUGAGGAACGUCCAGGCAGAAGAGAUGGUGGAGUUCUCCUCUGGCCUGAAGGGCAUGUCUCUGAACUUGGAGCCUGACAAUGUUGGUGUUGUGGUGUUCGGUAAUGACAAGCUGAUCAAGGAGGGCGACAUUGUGAAGAGAACUGGUGCUAUUGUGGAUGUUCCUGUUGGUGAGGAGCUGCUCGGCCGCGUUGUGGACGCUCUGGGAAACGCCAUCGAUGGAAAGGGUCCCCUGGGCGCCAGCACCCGUAGGCGUGUAGGUCUGAAGGCCCCUGGUAUCAUCCCCCGUAUCUCUGUGAGGGAGCCCAUGCAGACUGGAAUCAAGGCUGUGGACAGCUUGGUGCCCAUUGGCAGAGGCCAGCGUGAGCUGAUCAUUGGUGACAGGCAGACUGGCAAAACCGCCAUUGCCAUUGACACAAUCAUCAACCAGAAGCGCUUCAAUGAGGGAACUGAUGAGAAGAAGAAGCUGUACUGCAUCUACGUCGCCAUCGGACAGAAGAGGUCCACUGUGGCUCAGCUGGUGAAGAGGCUGACUGACGCUGACGCCAUGAAGUACACCAUCGUGGUCUCUGCCACCGCCUCUGAUGCUGCUCCUCUGCAGUACCUGGCCCCAUACUCUGGCUGCUCCAUGGGAGAGUACUUCAGAGACAAUGGCAAGCACGCCCUGAUCAUCUAUGAUGAUCUGUCCAAGCAGGCUGUUGCCUACCGUCAGAUGUCCCUGCUGCUGCGUCGUCCUCCUGGUCGUGAGGCCUACCCCGGUGAUGUGUUCUACCUGCACUCCCGUCUGCUGGAGAGAGCUGCCAAGAUGAACGACAACUUCGGAGGCGGCUCCCUCACUGCCCUCCCCGUCAUUGAGACCCAGGCUGGUGAUGUGUCUGCCUACAUCCCCACCAACGUCAUCUCCAUCACAGAUGGACAGAUCUUCUUGGAGACUGAGUUGUUCUACAAGGGUAUCCGCCCAGCUAUCAAUGUGGGUCUGUCUGUGUCCAGAGUAGGCUCUGCUGCCCAGACCAGAGCCAUGAAGCAGGUGGCCGGUACCAUGAAACUGGAGCUGGCUCAGUACCGUGAGGUCGCUGCCUUCGCCCAGUUCGGUUCUGACUUGGACGCUGCCACCCAGCAGCUCCUUAACAGGGGUGUCAGGCUGACUGAACUGCUCAAGCAGGGACAGUACUCUCCCAUGGCCAUUGAGGAGCAGGUGACAGUCAUCUAUGCUGGUGUCAGAGGUCACCUGGACAAGAUGGAGCCCAGCAAGAUCACAAAGUUUGAGAAGGCUUUCUUGCAGCACAUUCUCAGCCAGCACCAGGACCUGCUCGCCGCAAUCAAGGCUGAUGGAAAAAUCUCAGAGGCAUCAGACGCUAAACUGAAGCAGAUUGUACUGACCUUCCUGUCCAGUUUCGAGUAAUGGAUAGCACUUCUCUUGAUCUUCAGUGAGCCACCUGUCUGUGUCCCCAUUAUGCUUAUAUAUGUGAACACACUGAAGGCCAAAACCUCCAUGUACAGAUUUCUCCAAAUAAAAUUUUACAACCCCACUAUGCGGUAAGAUUGUUCUGAUUGUACGCUUAGCUACAGUAAGUUUAGUGUUUCGGUUGGUGCCCUCUGAGCAGAUUUCACCAGUAGCAGAAGAGUAAUGACAUCAGAGAAUUAACACUUUUGUUUAAAUGCAUAAAAUGUGUUGAAUUUUCACGUCAUGCUGAGCAUUUCAGUGCAUCGAACUACAAAAGUGACUUGAUCAAAUGCAUUAUAAUGCACACACCAUAGUCAUGAGUCCUGCUGUUUACUGUACUGUAAUGAAUUGUUCAUAAGAGCAUUAUCUAUGGGAGGGCAAAUGACUGGUGUUAGAUUUGACUUGAGUGUCUGAGUAUUUAAGGGGUGAAGUUCAAAGCCUAGUUUCUCACCUGUGGUUGAAAUGAUGGGUUGACCUGUUUGAUACUGGUAAUAAAUUCUGUGAUACUGUCACAGAUUAAAUCAA